AUGCGUAAUAGAGCAUUAUCAUUACAGAUGACUGAUUUUGAUAUAGCUUGGUUUACUAUGAUUGAUAAAAGACCAACAUUAGUAUGUAUUGAAUUAUAUACAGAUAAUGUUGCCAAGUUAGUUUAUAAAUAUAUAUUAAAUAAAGAUUCAUCGGAGAAUAAUUUUGAUUUACAUUCACCGUUAAAAUCUGGAUUUUCAAAUUUAGCCCAACAACUAACAAUAAGAGAAGAGUCCGAUGAAUUUGGACAAUCUGCUCAAGCUGAUAUGACUAAUUUUAUGUAUAAUAAUUUGGAUUUUGUUUUAGGUAAACAUGAAUGUUUAACAUUACAAUAA